AUCUUCAGAACAGAACUGUCUAGCAACACCUUACAGUCUCGACCUUCCGGAGAUACCAUGGUCUAAGGAAACACAUACCUUAGAUACAUGUAAUUGCCUAGAUAUUGCGCAAUAGUUCCUUGCCUACUAGGUAGAUGUGUUUGUAAGCAACUAUCUUAUAUCUAAUAGACACAUUGAUCACGUGCUCCGGCCAGUUUCGCCGCAUAGCAUCGGGAGAUAUUAGAUAGUGGAGCAAACUCCUAUCAUUCUCCGAAGGAUGAUGGAGCUAAUUUUGUCAAAAAGUCAUGAUCAGUACUAUUCCCCUGUUAGCCCGACUGACGACAGAUGCCCAGAGCUGCAAGAUAACCUCACGUAAGGUCCGCACAAAACUAGAGCCAAUCAGCACUCGAACUAAGGUAUAUCAUUUCCAUUUUGAUCCAUAACUCUCCGGGGCUGGUAAGUGCUUCAUUAAUCAUCCAUGGCUACAUAGAAGCAAGUCCCUAUUUCACGAGAUGUGAAUUUGUAAGGUACCAAUUAUAAAUCAGUUGAAGAUGAGAGUAUAUAAACCAGCUACUUGUUCGCCACGGAGUAGGGGGUAUUCCCAAGCAGAAGGCAUCAAGGUCUUGUACGUUUUCGAACCAUCUUGCACAAGAUGAAUCUCUUCCAAACCCUCAUCAUGGGCCUCUCGGUGGCCUCAGCGUCGGCCUCUCAAGGACUACCCGUCCAGUAUCCGUUCGACUCGAGCCACUCUGCGCUUAUCGGAGAAAACGUAUGGCGCUACUUCCGAGCCAGGCCCUCUAACGAGCCUAAAGGAACCGUUCUACUUCUUCACGGGUUCCCAGAUCUCCCAUAUGGGUGGAAGUACCAAGUGCCCCUUUUCACCUCGCUUGGAUACCAAGUCAUCGUCCCUGAGUUGUUAGGCUAUGGUCGAACUUCUUCUCCAGCCGAGAUUGACGCAUUCUCUUUCCAGAAUUUGUCAGAUGAACUAGCGGUGUUGCUAGACCAGAUCGUGCCUGGAGAGCAGGUUAUCCUUGGCGGCCACGAUUGGGGCGGUGGGUUAGUGUGGCCCUUUGCCACUCUGUAUCCCGACCUCUUCAAGGCAAUCUUCUCGAUUACGUACCCCUAUAUCCCGCCUGUGACCGAGUACGUCGAUCUAGCCGUCGAGAUAGCUGCCAACAAGAGUUUGAACUUCAAGUAUCAACUCCAGUUCAGAGAUCCCUCGUUCGACAGAGGGUUUCGAAAUGCAACCGAGAUCCGACAGCUUUUAUUGGCGGUUUUUGAAGCGUCAACCCCUGACGGCAAGCAAGCUUUCUCGCCCAACGGCAUAGACCUUGAUCUUCUUCCCUAUUUGCAACAACCGUCACUUCUUAACGAUACUGAGCUCGAUCAGUACGUGUCAGAAUUCGAGCUUCAGGGGUUUCGAGGUCCGACAAAUUGGUAUCGCACGGCCAGGAUCAACUUUGAAGACGAAUUGCCGAUCGCCCAGGCAGGCCACAAAUUUGCUAUGCCAUCCUUAUUCGUCCAAGCACUCCGAGACCCCGUCCUCAUUCCGUCGCUAUCUGUUGGCAUGGACCAGUACUUCGACAAAUUGACGAGGGUAGAUGUGAACACCACCCAUUGGGCUAUGAUUGAGGAUCCUGACAACGUCAACAAAGCCAUCCAGUCCUGGAUUGCGACAUUCGAUUAAGGAGCACUGUACCAUGCUCGACGUCAUAGAUGGACAGGACAUCUUGUUUAGAGACGGAAGAUAAAGCCAUUGCCCAGGAUUGAAGGCAUUCGUUUGGACAUAGCCUUUAGAAUACCGAAGAAUUAUAAAAACUUGGCAACCAUUUUCUUGCAUGACCCAUACUCAUAAGCUCUAUGUCGUGAUGCCUUAACUGAACAUUUUAUCUGAAAUUUUAUCCGAAUCUUCCCGGUGGAACUCUUGCUUAAUAUCACGCUGAACCUUGAUCCCGUUUGGUCUAAUCGUGUCCAUUUCAGUCUGGUCUGUUAAGCCUCGAGUGACGGUGACUUUUGACGUGGUACAGUUGUUGCUAGAAGCACCGUCGUGAAGUCGAGUCCAAUCGAGAUAUGGCGAAUUGGGCCGCGCGCUAACGUGUCGACUACGAGUUCGGGAUGACCUGACUGUCGAAUGAAUUUGUUUGAUACCUCGAACUAAGGCUCUGUAAAUUAAAGGUAAGUUCGCGCAUAAUAUGCCACCGCACGGUUCCCAGGCCGACAGGAUUCCUAGAGGAACUUCCUUCCCUAUA